AUGUCCCUCGCCACAAGACAGCUCGGCCGCAACGGGCCCCAGGUCACAGGCAUCGGCCUGGGCCUGAUGAGCUUCGCCGGGUGGUACGGGCAAAAGGACACGAGCGUCGAGUCGUCGCUCAAGCUGCUCGACCGGGCGCACGAGAUCGGGGAGCGGUUCUGGGACACGGCCGACGUGUACACGGGCAGCGAGCAGCGCGUGGGCGAGUGGUUCCGGCGGAGCGGCAAGCGCAGCGACAUCUUCCUGGCGACAAAGUUCGGCAUCCGGGCCGGCGAGGACGGGGCGCACGCCGUCGACAACGACCCGGCCUGGAGCGGCUGGGCAUCGACACCAUCGACCUGUACUACGUCCACCGGGGAGGGCAAGAUCCGGUACCUCGGGCUGUCCCAUUGCUCGGCGGCCACGAUCCGGCGCGCCCACGCCGUGCACCCCAUCGCCGCGUACCAGGUCGAGUACAGCCCGCUCUUCCGGGACAUUGAGUCGGGCCGGACGGGCAUCCUGCCGACGUGCCGCGAGCUGGGCAUCGCCGUCGUCGCCUACAGCCCCGUCGGCCGCGGCCUGCUGACGGGGGCCGUCGCGUCGCCCGGCGACUGGCGCCGCGGCGUGCCCAAGCUCGGUGGCGGCAACUUCCCGCGCAUCAUGGCGCUGGUCGACAGGAUCCGCGCCGUUGCGCGGCGCCACGGCGCCUCCCCGGCCCAGGUCUGCCUCGCGUGGGUGGCCGCCCAGGGCGACGACUUCAUCCCCAUCCCCGGCACGGCCACCAUCAAGUACCUCGAGGAAAACACGGAUGCUCUCAAGAUUAAGCUGACCGAGGACGAGGUUGCCGAGCUGAGAAGGGCGGCCAGCUCGGUGUUUAGGGAUUCCGUCCCUCUGGAGUAA